AUGAAGCGUUCCUUGCCGGCCUUCCGAGAAACCAAGUUGUUGGAGCCCAGACCAUAUCAAGUAGAAAUAGCCAACAUGGCCCGCAAUGAAAGCAUCAUCGUUAAACUGAGUACUGGUCUUGGGAAAUCAUUCAUCGCCGCAAUGGUCAUAAAAGAUCACCUUCCGGAAACCUAUUGCCCCGUCACAGAAGGUGGCAAACGUAUUAUCUUUGUUGCAAAGACCGCUGCGGAGAGGCCUACUGCUCUAGAGGAUCGUCUUUGGGGCUACCCGAUUUGCUCACCAUCUUAUACUAAUUUGUCUGACAACAAUGCCACCCCAGGUUUUACUGGUUAUGUGGGGAAGCCCACAGUCUCUUCGUCGUUGAAGGUGGCUCUAAAAGCACUAUAA